GGACUUUUUAAAUGUCGAGUCGAUGAGUGCAGCGAGUGUUCGGUCCGUUCAAACAGUGUCGAGAAAACAUUUUGAUAUUCUCAGUGAAGAAGUAUAAUAUUUUAAAAAUUUACUAUAUGUCAAUGAUAAACCUUUGACCUUUAAAAAUUAAUGUACCUUUUAAGCAAAUUAAAAUAUUGAUACACGAAUCGUUCAGAGUGAAAAGUUUUCGCUUCAUUUCUGUUUCACGAUCCCGUGUUAUAUAUUUCGGUGUAAAGCACUAUUUAAUUUAACUUCCGAAUAUCAUACAUCUUGAAAAUGUCGCAUUUAAAGUACAUGAAAGAAAUAAACAGUUUGACUCGAAUGGACGAGAAUAUUAAAGGACCACUUCCUCGCUGGCAGAAGAAAUGCUUAGAAACAUCGAAUUCAAGUGUCAAUCUCAGUGUCAAUUCCUCCCGGAAACUUACAAACGGAUCGUUUAUGAGUAAUGCCACAGGAAAAACACCAACAAAAAAGAAUGAUAGUCGGACCAAGAAAACUCCUUCCAAAGGUUCCAAAAAAUCACCAAAUCGAACUACACCUGCUAAAACACCCAGUGGCGGCGAUAGAUUUAUUCCUUCAAGAUCAACCACCAAUUUUGAUCUUGGACAUUAUAAGAUACAACAACAAGUGGCUGCAGAGAGAGACGAGGACAAACAGGACAAUGUAAGUCCUUCCAAGAGAGAAAUGCAGCGUCUUAUGAGUGAGAAUAUACAUGGUGGCGAUAUUAAUAAUAUGAGAGUUUUGUCUUAUCAAAACAAAGCUCCUGCUCCACCGGAAGGAUAUCAGAAUCCAUUACGGGUUGUAUAUAGUCAGAGUAAGACACCAGCUAGCGUUAAAGCAUCUACUAGAUAUAUUCCACAAACUCCUGAUAGAAUAUUGGAUGCACCAGAAAUCGUUGACGAUUAUUAUUUGAAUCUGAUCGAUUGGUCACAAAGUAAUAUUUUAGCUGUGGCAUUAGGUGCUAAUGUAUAUUUAUGGAAUGCUGCAACCGGAACCAUAGAACAAUUAUUUGAAUUAGAGGGCAACGACUAUAUCUGUUCCGUUGCAUGGAUUCAAGAAGGGCCCUAUUUAGCUGUAGGUACAACAGCAGGAAAUACGGACUUGUGGGACUGCAGUCAAACAAAAAGAGUACGCGUAAUGAAUGGUCAUGCAGCUAGAGUAGGUUCCCUUUCAUGGAAUUCACAUAUUUUGACGAGUGGGUGCAGAGCAGGACAAAUAGUCCACCACGAUGUUAGACAAAGGGACCAUUUAAUAUCGACUAUAAACGCUCAUGCUCAGGAAGUAUGCGGUUUGAAAUGGUCACCUGAUGGUAAGUAUUUAGCAAGCGGCGGUAACGAUAACAUGCUUCAAUUAUGGCCGUCAAUUACUGGACAAAGUCAUACGCACACGCAACCCCUUUACUCGUUGAAUCAACACCAAGCAGCUGUAAAAGCACUAGCAUGGUGUCCAUGGCAAAAUAAUAUUCUUGCAAGCGGGGGUGGUACAGCUGAUAGAACAAUUCGAUUCUGGAAUUGUAAUACAGGCGCGUGCUUGAAUACAGUAGACACUAAAUCGCAAGUGUGUUCUCUGUUAUGGUCGACAACGUACAAGGAAAUCGUUUCCGGUCAUGGAUAUGCUCAAAAUCAAUUAAUCAUUUGGAAGUAUCCAGGGAUGACGAAGGUCGCAGAGCUUACAGGACAUUCUAGUCGUGUCUUGCAUUUGGCUAUGUCUCCUGAUGGUACCACGGUCCUUAGCGCAGGAGCCGAUGAAACGUUACGCUUGUGGAAAUGUUUCCAAGCAGAUCCGCAUAAAAAGAAAGAACCUAGUGAAAUGAAAUCCGUUCCUUCUAGGCUUAAGCAAUCCAUCCGAUAACAAUAUUAUGCUAAUAGAACAAAUAAAGCUUUGUAUUUAUUUUUUGAA